GACCCAUGCUUAACUAAAAGCCACUGAGAUUAUCCCAGACUUCACCAGAAUUCUCCUUUCCUUCUAAUAAAUACUGGUCCCAUCAUCUCUGCAAAUCACCAUUGAUAUCAAGAAGCAAUCCUUUACCACCUUCUCAGCAAUCAACUAUACCAGAAAAUUCCAAUUAUCUUCCUUUCUAAGACAAUUGAAGGAAAAAAAUGGCAAUGAUUCCAAGCUUUUUCGAUAACCCACGAAGCAACAUCUUCGAUCCCUUCUCUUCUUUCGACCUUUGGGAUCCAUUCAAAGACUUCCCAUUUCCAUCUCCAUCUUCAUUAGUCUCUCGUGGAAAUUCUGCGUUUAUUAAUACUCGGAUAGACUGGAAGGAGACUCCAGAAGCCCAUAUCUUCAAGGCUGAUCUUCCUGGGCUGAAAAAAGAGGAAGUGAAAGUGGAAAUUGAAGAUGACAGAGUCCUUCAGAUCAGCGGAGAAAGGAAUGUGGAGAAGGAAGAUAAGAAUGAUACCUGGCAUCGUGUGGAACGCAGCAGCGGCAAGUUCUUGAGGAGGUUUAGGCUGCCGGAGAAUGCCAAAAUGGAUCAAGUUAAGGCUUCUAUGGAGAAUGGAGUUCUCACAGUGACUGUUCCUAAGGAGGAAAUAAAGAAACCUGAUAUCAAAGCUGUUGAAAUCUCUGGCUGAGUUGUCUUCUCCUUCUCUUUUCUUUUUCUUUUCUUUUCCUCCUUUUCUGUCUCUUAAAUGGCGUGACUGCGUGGCAAAUAACAUGUACAGUGUUUGGUAAAUCUUUGGUGGUUAUGUUUUGUGAGCAUAUGUAUGUCUGUAUAAUGUAAUACGUUUGUGUGAGACCUAAUAAAGGAAACCAUUUUGUAAAUA